AUGAUGCUACAGUUGGCAGAUAGAUUACUAAAAGCUUCACGAGGUGUUAUUGAAGAUAUAUUGGUACAAGUUGACAAAUUUUAUUACCUAGUGGGCUUUGUAGUUUUGGAUAUGCGUCAACCUGUCUUCAACAUCUACCAGGCAUUUAUUAUCCUUGGGUGGCCAUUCCUUGCUACCUCCAAUGCAUUGAUCAAUUUUCAAAGUGGUGUACUGAAGCUUACAUUCAGAAAUAUGACUUUGGAGAUGAACAUGUUUAAUGCUCACAAGACGCCGAUUGGGUGUGAUGAUUUGAAGCUGUUGUCGGCAUUUGGUUUUGAUAGUGCAUUUGAGAGUGAAUCUCCUGAGAAGCCAGAGGUAUUUGAUGAAAAAGUUCCCUUAAUUAGAGAGUUGUUAGAAUCAGAGGGGCAGUCCAUAGAGAUAGAUGUAAUACCAAUUCGUGAUGCGCAAUGGAGACUGAACCCAAUCAUGACGGAGGUGGUAAAGAAAGAAGUACUGAAAAUGUUAGACACUGACAUCAUCUAUCCUAUCACCGAAAUGCCAUGCGCCCUUUGGUUUGAUGAUAUUGUGAACUACCUUGUCACCGACCGAAUGCCAGAACAUGGGGUAACGCAGGAUAAGCGCUUAAGAAAGUUGCAGGUGUGUGAACUUCAAGAAUCCAAGAGGGAAGUUUAUGACAAGGCUCGCCUAGUGAAGAAGCGGAUGAAGUUAGUGCAUGACAAUAAAAUCAAGGACAAACACCUUUUCUCGAGUCAACAAGUUCUUCUCUACGACUCCAGAUUACAUAUGUUUCCUAGGAAUUUGAAGUCCAGAUGGGGUGACCCGCACAUCGUUAAACAUGUUCACCCUCAUGGCGCAGUGGACAUUGUGGACCUAAAGAAUAGUAACAACUUCACAGUCAAUGGACAACGGUUCAAGCCUUUCAUGACUCCCUUCAAUCCAAAUGAAGAGGUCUUACUUCUGCAAGACCCUAAGGGAGUUUUCUGA